CAUCUCUUUACCGGCGGCUUUUCAGAGCGUUUAGUGUGGUGGAGGGAUUUUUGUGGGUCAGUGGAGACGACAGGGAAUUGUAGACAGAACAGCAUUUUUAAAUGUAUCUGUCCCUGUUUUGUACUAACAAUUGUGAAAAGCUUGUCUCGCUGCUUUAGUUGCACUUGGCCUAGUUGAAAAUGAAUUCGAAGCGACUGCUGGAGAAGAGUGUUGCUGCUGUGAGAGUAGGCAGCGCCGGUAACUCGCAUGCUGCAGCAAACUAUUGCACUGAGCUCACUGAGGCUCUCUCAACUAACUCAUACGGAGUCAUAACAGCCAAAAAGAAAGCUGCAUUAACGGUCGACGGGUUUGACACCGAAAUGUUGGAUAAGGGCUUGUUGCAAGAACAGAGCAACAAAAUCUCUUUUAAUGGAAACCAUUUCGGUUCAGGACGAGAGAAGCAUUACACGAAGAAAAAAAUUGCCUGUGCGAGCGAUGAGGAAGAGAGGGAGUUGGGCCCUGGUGGAGUCUUGAAGCGAGGCAGCCCUACUCAUCGCCCAAUCAAGAAUGGACAAAGGCUGGAGGACCAUAUACCAGUGGAGUCCAUAAUUCUGUUAAGAAGCAUGCAUGUUGCAGACUCAUCUUCAGACGAUAUCUAUGCAUCAUCCCACAUCCCCGUGCCUCGCAACAGGAGACCCUCAGGACAUGCUGAUAAGGAGGUGAUGGCAGCUACUGUCCUGACGACAUUGUCUACGAGUCCUCUUGUGCUCAACCCUUCCUCAGGUGCGGUAUCAGACACCACUCUUUCCACCCCCUGCUGGAUGUCUCUGUCAGCCAGCUAUAGCAGCUCCACCAGUGGCAACUGGAGCUGGGAUGCCAGUGACCAGUCAGUGCCCUCCACACCAUCCCCACCCCUCUCCAAUGAUGUCAACAGAAUCUUCCUGCUGUCCUCUCAGGGGGAAGAAAAUACUGAGGAGACAGACAGCACACACUUCCUGUUUGAAGACCCUAUUCCACGAAAAAGGAAGAACUCAAUGAAGGUGAUGUUCAAAUGUUUGUGGAAGAACUGUGAAAAGGUCCUUAGCACAUCCUCAGGGAUUCAGCGCCACAUCCGCACCAUACACCUGGGGCGAAAUGGUGAUUCUGACUACAGUGAUGGUGAGGAGGAUUUCUACUAUUCUGAGAUUGAGGUGAACAUGGACACUCUGUCUGAAGGGCUUUCAAACCUCACACCCACUUCUCCCACCACCACCGGCCCACCCCCUGUCUUCCCACUUGCUGCUGAUACGCGAUCCGAAACUGCCCGUUUGAACCACAGCAUACUCAGCCAGUCAGCGCCAUCUACGCUCUGCCAUAUUCGCACUGACCACGCCUACCAGGCCACUGCUCCUGUGAACAUUCCUACUGUGUCCUCUGAGCCAGUGCACAGCCACAGUGCCAUCAGUGUCUCCUGGCAGUCACCACCAAUCAUCUUUAAAAGCCCACCGGGUGCUGUGACCCAUGUUCGUGCUCUGAGCACUGGGGAGAAAAGACAACCCACAAUACAGACGACCAUCAGCAAAACACACCUUACCAACAUAUCUACAGCCAAACCCACCACUGGAACCAGAAAACCUCGGGGUGAAGCAAAGAAGUGUCGCAAGGUAUAUGGGAUGGAGAAGAAGGACUUGUGGUGCACAGCAUGUCGCUGGAAGAAAGCCUGCCAGCGUUUCAAUGACUGAUCUUACUAUUUCUGGUUCUACCAAAUGGGAUGUUCUGUCACCAGUGUUUCACUGACUGAUUCCCCGUUACUAGAGCCCCAUAAUGGACUUCACUGAGGGCUUCCUUAAGUCACGCUUGGAGAGGUUAGGGGCUUUUCUGGCAAGUAAGAUGUUCUGUGUUCUCCACACCCUAGGCAACAGUGAAACACAUUUCACUCUAAUGAAACAUGGAGAAAACACAACAACAAAAAAGAAAAGAAAAAGGUUUUAAAAAUACAAAAUGUAUUGGCUUUUGCAGCACUACUUUUCAGCAAGAUGUUUUUGCUUUUUAAUCUUGAUGAAUAUAAAGCUGAUUUAGCUUACAACAUUGCCAUAUGUUGCAUGUGUUCAUUGGAAAGCAACAUUUGAAGAUUUCCUAUCAGUGUGGUGAACUUUAUACAUUCUUUUCUGGUCAAACAGCUUAAGCUAUUUUAUGAAACUGAGCAGUUUCUUGACUUUUAAAAGUACAUUAAAUCAGCAAAAGGUUUAUUUGGACUGACCAUUCUGUGUCACUUUAUUUUCUUUACCUGAACUUGUAACCAAAAGUAGAAAAUUAGAGCGGGGGGGACGG